AUACCCAAUUAAUUCUUCUAUAGUUUUAGCUUAUUUUACUCUUUGGACAUGAACCAUGUCUGAUUGGCCACAGUUCUACGAUCAAAGUCUUUCUAGUCAGCAAAUAUCGAAUGGCGUUCGUGUUCUCACAUCGGAAUCUGUGUUCGGCAGCCAAGGUUCCGAUACUUCCGGCUUCGUUAACACUCCUGCGAUCACCACGACCACCGGUCCGGCGAACUCGUUAGGCUCGGGACUAGGUGGUGGAUCGAGUGGUGGCCAUUUGAGUCCCGAAGGCGGCGUCGGGAAGCCAGCUAGAAGACGACCAAGAGCUUCAAGGCGAACCCCCACUACCUUGCUCAACACGGAUACCACGAAUUUCCGAGCCAUGGUGCAACAAUUCACCGGUGGUCCGAGUGCUCCUUUCGCAGCAGGAGGUUCUCACCCCAGUGGGGCGAAUUUCGGGUUCGGGACCCGCCAACCCCAUGUUAACCCUAAUAAUAACCCCCUCAUGCUUCCUCCCGCUGGUUUUCAACUGCAAUAUCAACAGCAGCAGCACCACUACCUCCAAAACCAGCCCUUGGUUUUCCCAUUGAAUGGAAACGAUGAUAAUAAUCCGGGGAGGGGGGAGGUUCUACUUCAAAGACUGGGCGGCGGAGGUGGCAAUCAAAGGACAACCGUGGAAGGUGGUGGUGGAGUGUCGCAAGGGUUAGUUGGGGAGGGCGUUUCCAGACGGGUUCCUGCUUCUAGAACAUCAACCUCAUCCAAUGAGAGUAGGCUCAUGUUUUGAGAGGGACGUAAAGCAGAAUGUUAGGUACAACUUAAACAUUGACCAAUGU